UCUUUAAAAGUGACGAUUUGUCCGAUAUAGAGGACAGGUGAAGAACUGCGACAUUUUGGGAGAAAGAAAUUUCCUUCAUGGUUUGAACGCGCCAUUUUUUGUCUAAAAUGAUGAACGCUUGUACAUUCACACGGUACGGCGUAUAUUUUCUUAUUUGUUGCGUUGCAACCUUCUUCGUUGCCGGCAGAUCCAUGGCUCACGCAGCUUGCAUGAAUGAAUUCCAAGACGACUGUGAUGAUGACAAUGACGAAAUGCAUCAUAUUGUCAGGCGCUCUAUCGCAAAUCCUUCAACAGUCUCGAAAUCCUUCAAAGUCGACUUCUCUCCAAUAGUUCAGAAUGUUACUUACUACAACACCGGUGACUCGAUGUCUUUUCAACUCAACCUGACACACAACCAAUCCGCAGGAGCUGUCGAUUUGAAGAACAACCUCAAAGUUGUUCUGUGGUCGCAGUAUCUCGAGCCUGUAAACAGCUCACUGUCCGUUGUAGCCGGGAGUAUCAAUGGUGCAGCGCAAUACAACUCCAGCGCGAUUUCUUUUGAUGUGACAUCGCUGAAUAGUGGAGACGUAGUGUCCAUCACUUUCGAGGCCACAGUCAAAGACUCAAUUCAGCCUUUGUCGAAUCUUUACUUUGCUGUACUAGUUACUGGUCAGGAUGGCAGUAAUAACAAUUACCACUAUGGCCCAGUUCCCUCGCAGCCAACCCUGUAUGCCGUGUUCCCAACAGUGUCACUGGCCAGAACUUCGUACUCAUACCUAUGGGUAGGCAAUACGACUGGAUAUACCAUGACUGUCCAUUUACCAAAACUCAACUUUUCUCUGCUGGUUGAGAUAAGCACCAAUAUCAAUGAUUUCUCCUUCAUGGAACUGCACAAUGUACAAGUCAAGAAUCCUGGAGGAGGGAUACCAAAUGCUGUCGCUUCAUAUGACUCCAGCGAUGAAGUGCCCUUCAAUGACCGCGCUGUUCUGGACUUUGGAAACUUAACUGUUUCUGGCAGCGACGCAUCCCCAAACAAGAUUGUGAUAGAAUACAACGUCACUAUCAAAGAUCAUCCACUGCUAGCUAAUAACUCAAAACACUGGGUGGGCGCAGGCAUGCGCAGUGGCUACCAAAUGCUGUGGGUGGGCCAAGAGGCGCUGUACGUAUACAAGAGUGAGCCAUCGUUAACUGCCAAAUUUACAACCACUAACGACACUGUCAGUAAUCGAUACUUGAUUGGAGAUAUGCUGUUUGUGAACUGGACUGUCGAGCAUAUGGAAAACACAUCUUAUGAGGACGCAAAAAAUGUACGAGUAUCUUUCUACUCCAACACUCUGAAAAUUUUGACGGCGACCUACAGUGAUCCAAACAACGCCAGCCAGUCAUUGAAAAAGAAAGACGAUUUUCAUUCGGAUGAAAUCUUGGUCCCAACGUUAUCACAAGGCCAAACGAUCUCUGGGGAUUUAGUCCUGAUUGUCAGCGACAGAAUCUCUCCACUGGAGCCUCUUGAUAUCUUCAUGCAGCUCAAAUAUCAGAACUUAAGAGAAGAUGAAAAGCUCAACACAACCCAUAAGCCUUCGCCGUCUUAUGUGGCUGGAGUCCCAGGCUUCUCGCUCAGACUCAACGAAUCAACCAAUCAGAUACGAAUCGGUGGCCGCGCCAAAUUUUACUUCAAUAUAUUAAUGAGACGAAUCGUUUCCACUCUGACAGUAGAGGUAAUCCUUCCUGUGAAUGAAACUUCAAUCAUGUCUCUCGUCUCAUUGCAAGUUGUCGGUGUGGGUAAAAACAUAAAAAAUAACGCUGCCCUUAGCCAAAUGACAGCACAACUCAGUUCCACCGUCGGAGACCCAAAGCUUCACGAUCGCGGCAAGAUCGACUUCGGCACGGUCGAAAGUACGGUCGGCGACGUAGAUCACCCAGAUAACAAGAUCAUGUUGGAAUUCGAGAUUAUUGUAAACGACCACGCCAACGUGACAAAUGGUUCAAAGCACUGGGUGGGGGUGGGGGUGCGCGGCGGAAAGCGCAUGAUGUGGAUCGGAGACUUUGCACUGAUAGCAGAUGUUCCUGUGGACAGAAGACCGAUUUUGCAAGUUGUAGCGAGUUGUGUUGUUCCGGGCACUAAGCUCUCAUGCAGUGAGGCUACCACUCUGGAGAGAAGCUCGAGAGUGCAUUUCAACGGAACAGUGUCCCAUGCCGAGCAAUCGCAGCAAUACGCAGAUAAUGUGAACGUGUUUUGGAUGAUGCCACCGUAUGUGAAUUACACUACGCUGGAGAGAGAUCCUGAAUUGAAUUACUUGGAAACUAAACAAGGACCCAAGUUUAGCUUUGUCAAGGGAAUGCACUUCCUAGACCAGUUUUCAUUCUCAGUCGAAGGGAACCUGGAUCCUGAUGGACUUAUGCCUCCAGGCGAAAAUUACGCCGUGUCCCCGAUACAGCUGUCCUACAGUCCAGCAAGUAUGUCAGCCAUAUAUGGAGCUCCACCCGUACCAGUGUCCCUUAAGUUCAAGUCGCCAGGUGAUGGUGCUCCUGCGGGAACGCCUUCAGAGCUUCCAGAGAUAUAUAGCCGAGGAUUUCUGGUGCACAAAACUCAAGACAUUGUUUACGUGUGUCAAAAAUCAAGCGACAGGUUGAAGUCUAGCUGCUUCUCGACGGAUGACAAGGCACAUGCGUGGACUGCUAUGGAUCAACAAGUCGGCUAUGUGAUUGGCCAAGAUGGAGAGGACUUGUACGGUAUAGCGUGCAACAACCGCGCUUACAUGCGUAAGCGAGGUAUUCAAGGUGCUUGGUAUGGCAUCGAGAAACGGGUCUGGGAGAAAGCCAAAGCAAGGAACAGCAACAUCCAGGAAAACCUUGUUAAGAUCGAGGAAAAUGACUCGAACACCGGAGAUCCAAUAGCUAGCAUGACGAAGCAGACAACUGAUACAACCAAAUGGGGAGGAAACGCAAAGGGAGUGCACAUCAAAAUCGGGAACGUCUGGUACCUGAAGGCUCAGUGGAAAUGCUGCGGAAAUUAAGCCAACGUUCCCACGUUUCUUUGAUUAUUUGAGUCCAUCUUGUGGGAUUUAUAGGACAGUAUAUUAAUUCCGUAGAGCACUGCACUUAACUGUUUUCUGAAAAAUCACACAGGAAUCAGAACUUUUUCGCACGCUUUUCCAGCUUUCUUAGUCUGAAGUGAUUUCAAGGAUCUAAUUUGUAUUAUUUGUUCGAAACUUCGUAAAAGCAAUACCUAAGUAACGAGUCGCUCGCGACAGAGGACCGGCUAAAGAUCCAUUUCAGUUACAUGAUUGAUGUAAAUAGUUCGAAAUAUUCGUGGUAGUACUCAUGAACUCCGGGUAUAUGUUCUAACCCUGAAAUACUCAGUUUGUCGAAUAAAACAUUAUGGACACGAA